AUGAAAACUGUUAUAAAUUGUAAUGAAUUUACAAAACAACCUUUUAAAGGUGUUAGAAGACGAGAAAGAACCAAAUAUUCACGUAAACAGUUGAAUAUUUUAGAAAGAAUAUUUCAAGAAAAUCAUUAUCCAGACAGUUAUGUUUUUGAUCAACUUUGUGAUACACUAAAUCUAGAUAUAGAAAAAUUAGCUACUUGGUUUCAGAACAGAAGAUGUAAAGAAAAACGUCUAAAUAAAGAGAAUCAUGUUGAUAAAAUGAGAAAAGAAUUAUUUAAUCCUAGAUUUAACAGAAAUAAUCAAGAAUCGGACUUCUGUAAAGAAAAAUGUCAAUAUCCUGAUUCUAGGAAAGGAAUUAACCAUUGUGAUUUACAAGAACCGGUCCCAAUUUCUGCACUACAAGACAACCUAUAUGAUUAUUCUAUGAACAGUUUAUCUAAUAUUAAUUCAACUAAUAGUUUCUUAUCACAAGAUAUUAAUAUACCACAUUUAGAUUGUUAUAUAACAGAAGAAUGUUUACACAAUCUUCAACAAGAAUCAAUUAAUUCUUCAUCUUCUUCAAGCAUGACGUCAUCAUUUAUCGACCUUGAUGAGCUAGAACCAUCUAUACCAUCAUAUAUUAUGACGUCAUCACAAAUGUUGAGUAUUGUACAAGAUGUCAGUUUAUUAGAAGAAAGUGAAAUGAAGAUUAAAGAUGAAUAUUAUAUCAAAAUAGAUAAAGAUAUAAAUUGUCAAUAUUAUAAUUAUCAUGAUUUUUAUGUUAAUUUAGACUUUAAUGAACAUAUAUUCAUGUAA